GUGCUGGAGGGGAGUUUGUUGGCCGUAUGUGCCCAUUGUAGCUCUUGAAAUGCUAGGAGUUGAGGUCGCCGCGCCAGAUGUUGGGGUGACAGCUCUGGAUUCGUCUAGCCAACUGGCCCUUUUACAUGCUGCAAAAAAACUUACGCUGCAGCGGACUGGUGGAGAAUCGCCUCCGGACUGCUAGGUGUUGCAGAGCACCAUGGCUGAACAACUCCUUCCCCAGGCUUUGUAUUUGAGCAACAUGCGGAAAGCUGUGAAGAUACGAGAGAGAACUCCAGAAGAUAUAUUUAAGCCUACCAACGGGAUCAUUCACCAUUUCAAAUCCAUGCACCGGUACACGCUGGAAAUGUUCAGAACUUGCCAGUUUUGUCCCCAGUUUCGGGAGAUCAUCCACAAAGCGCUCAUUGACAGAACCAUCCAGGCCUCCCUCGAAAGCCAGAAGAAGCUGAACUGGUGUCGAGAAGUCAGGAAGCUGGUGGCCCUGAAAACGAACGGCGAUGGAAACUGCCUCAUGCACGCUGCUUCCCAGUACAUGUGGGGUGUUCAGGACACAGAUUUGGUCCUGAGGAAGGCACUCUUCAGCACUCUCAAGGAGACAGAUACGCGCAACUUUAAAUUCCGCUGGCAGCUGGAGUCUCUUAAGUCUCAGGAGUUUGUGGAAACGGGGCUUUGCUACGACACUCGGAAUUGGACCGAUGAGUGGGACAGCCUCGUCAAAAUGGCAUCCACAGACACACCCAUGGCCCGAGGUGGACUUCAGUAUAACUCACUGGAAGAAAUACACAUCUUUGUCCUUUGCAACAUACUCAGAAGGCCAAUCAUUGUCAUUUCAGACAAAAUGCUGAGAAGUCUGGAAUCGGGUUCCAAUUUCGCUCCUUUGAAGGUGGGCGGGAUUUACCUGCCUCUCCACUGGCCGGCCCAAGAAUGCUACCGAUACCCCAUCAUUCUCGGCUACGACAGCCAGCACUUUGUACCCCUGGUGACCCUGAAGGACAGCGGACCUGAAAUCCGAGCUGUUCCACUUGUUAACAGAGAGCGAGGAAGAUUUGAAGACUUAAAAGUUCACUUUUUGACCGAUCCUGAAAACGAGAUGAAGGAAAAGCUCUUGAAAGAGUACUUGAUGGUGAUCGAAAUCCCCGUCCAAGGCUGGGACCAUGGCACCACCCAUUUGAUCAAUGCUGCAAAGCUGGAUGAAGCUAACUUACCAAAAGAAAUAAACUUGGUAGAUGAUUACUUUGAACUCGUCCAGCAUGAGUACAAGAAGUGGCAGGAGAACAGUGAGCAAGAGCGGAGAGAGGCGCAUGCUCAGAACCCUUUGGAACCUUCCGUGCCCCAGCUCUCCCUCAUGGACGUAAAAUGUGAAACGCCCAACUGUCCUUUCUUCAUGUCCGUGAACACCCAGCCCUUGUGCCACGAGUGCUCCGAGAGGCGGCAAAACAACCACACCAAGUCCUCAAAGCUGCACUCCAAGCCGGGCCCCGAGGGGCUCCCAGGCGUGGCGGCCGGGGCCUCGCGGGGUGAGGCCUACGAGCCCGGGGGCUGGAGCCCCGAGGAGCCGACCGGGGGGCCUCAUUCGGCCCCUCCGACGGCGCCCAGCCUUUUCCUGUUCAGCGAGACCACCGCCAUGAAAUGCAGGAGCCCCGGCUGCCCUUUCACGCUGAAUGUGCAGCACAACGGAUUCUGUGAGCGGUGCCACCAGGCCCGGCAGCUUAACGCGGGCCACACCUCGGACAGCAUGAGGCACUUAGACCCCGGGAAGUGCCGAGCCUGCCUGCAGGAUGUCACCAGGACGUUUAAUGGAAUCUGCAGUACUUGCUUCAAAAGGACUACGGCGGAGCCCUCCUCGGGCCUCAGCUCCAGCGUCCCUCCUUCCUGUCACCAGAGGUCCAAGUCGGACCCCUCGCAGCUCAUCCAGAGUCUCUCCCCACAUUCUUGCCGCAGAGCCGGGGCCGAGGCUCCCUCCGGCUGCCUCUCUCAGGCCCCACGGACUCCAGGGGACAGGACAGGCACGAGCAGGUGCAGAAAAGCCGGCUGCAUGUAUUUCGGGACUCCAGAAAACAAAGGCUUCUGCACGCUGUGUUUCAUCGAGUACAGAGAAAACAAACAUUUCGUCGCCGCCUCCACGAAGGCCAGUCCCACGGCCCCCAGGUUCCAGAAUGCCGUCCCCUGCCUGGGGAGGGAAUGCGGCACCCUCGGAAGCACCGUGUUCGAAGGGUACUGCCAGAAGUGUUUCAUCGAAGCGCAGACCCAGAGAUUCCACGAGGCGAAAAGGACUGAAGAGCACCUGAGAUCGAGCCAGCGCAGGGACGUGCCUCGGACCACGCCGAGCGCCUCGAGGCCCAAGUGCGCCCGGGCCUCCUGCAAGAACAUCCUGGCCUGCCGCAGCGAGGAGCUCUGCAUGGAGUGCCAGCACCUCAGCCAGCGAGCGGGCCCGACGCCGCACCGGGGGGAGCCGGCCCCCGAGGAGCCGCCCAAGCAGCGCUGCCGCGCCCCCGCCUGCGACCACUUCGGCAACGCCAAGUGUAACGGCUACUGCAACGAGUGCUUCCAGUUCAAGCAGCUGUACGGCUGACGGCAGCGGUGGCCCGCCCGGCCGCCGGGGGCCUCGAGCCACUAGCCAGCAUGGUGCUAUGCCCUCAACGCACUGACGCCGCCGAGGGCCGUCCCCGAGGCAGAGAGGUCCCAGUGGCUUCCAGCCGGGAGGGAAGAUAAGCUCUCGGUCGCCGUCGCGGGGAGCGUUCCCAGGCGGCCCUUGAGCGAAGCUAGCGACUGGCGGUGGAUGGUGUCGGUCCGGCCCAGAGCUCGUCCUCACCUGCCACGCGGAAGGCCAGGAGCCGCGUGGCCUCGGGACGCGUGGCAGGAGCGCUCCGUCGUCCCGGGCGGGCCGGGGAACCCGGAGCCCUUCCUCCCGGCCAGCCCCGCGUCGGCCUCGCUCACAGAUGUGAAGCCGAAGCCCCACGGCCCGCGGGCCCUCUGCCAGACACCCGGGAAGCUCAGGGAGAGUGGACAUAUUCAUAGAGUCAGUAGUUAGUGGUUUUUCCCCACCUGCCUGGCUCCUUGCCCACGGACACGGCAGAAGCAGAACCAUCCACAGACUGAUUCUGAGGCUGCUGCGACUGAACACGUUCACACUGAAAAGCAAACCAGCUGCUCUUUACAGUAUGCACCUUGGAAAAAUGCAGUUAUUUCCAUAGGGGAAGACGUGUGACUCUCUUGGUUAUCACCGUCUUCCCUUCGAAGUUAGGGUGAGGUGUGCAUCAAAGUGUGUACAUGUAUAAUGUGCCCUUAUAUUACAUAUGAGGGAUUUUUUUUUCUUAUUCCGGUGAAAUGCUGCCCUACAGAUUUAAGUAGGAAGACUGAAUAAUAACCUAUUUUCUGGUUGUUGUCAGGGGCACCGUCUGUAUAUAGCUUGCGUGAAUUUAACCAGCUGCCUUGUUAAAGUGAGCUCCCUGUUGGGUUUA